AUGCUGCCGGACAGCGUCUACAAGGACCUGUGCCCCGCUGGCUUCUACUGUGCGGAGGCGACCACCUACGUGAACCGCUACAAGUUCCGGUGCCCUGUGGGCUUCUACUGUCCAGAAGGAACCGGCGCCAGAGAUGACCUGAAGCGAGCGCUGCUGCAGGGAGUUGUGUGCGUCAACAAGAGAGACUUCUACCUCGCUCAGAAGGUGUCGCAGUUCUGCCUGCGGCAGAUCAUGCGCAACCGCUUCGAGUUCGUGGCGCUGGAGCAGCUGCGCCUCGCGCGGGCUAACCUGCCGCUGAUCGACAAGAAGGAGAUGGUAGAGAUCCAAAGCAGCUGGAUCGAGGACUUCGACUUGCAGUACUGCCAGGAGGACGCGGUGAUGGCAGUCUGGGAGAAGUACUACAGCGACGACGUCAAGGGCAACGACGUCCGCGCUGGGAUCCUCGCGAUGAUCUCUGCGAUUCAGAGUGUCGACUUCCUGAAGGCGGGGCUGCUCUACAAGCUGCUCCUCUCCCCCGAGACCUACCGCAACAAGUGCAGCGAGCACAGCCAGUUGCUGGGGGGAACGCCCUUCCCGGCGCGGGAGUGCUUCGGAGAUGCGAACUGCAACAACGUUUCUCAGCUGGAGUGCUUGUGCACUGCAAAAUCCACCGCGCUGAUGCUGAACUGCUUCGAUGGGGACUACCCGGCCGCGAGUUGCGUCAGCGACGCCGGCAUGGAGGACUCGAUGUGCUUGGACCCCUCCACCGACAUCAAGUCCGGGGGGUCGAUCGACGACUUUGACCUCAUGGCUGGCCACUACCUCUCCUACGUCCAGUCUUCCCUGAAGGAGGAGAUGCAGGCGCGCUACGCGGAGACGCAGGCCACGGUGACGCGCUGCCCCUUCGGUACCAUGACCAUCAGCGAUGGUUCCAUGCAGCUGGGGGACUGCGUGAAGCGGAAGUCGGUCACCUACGUGCAAGAACAACUGGAUAUGAUCGUGCAGCGUUUCAAUCCCGUCGACACGUUUCUGUCGCCAAAGAAGUGGGUCACCGCUGCGGGAGACCCCGCGGUCAACGAGGGGGAGUUCCGGCCAGUCUACUUUGCGGCGGCUGGCAGCGUGUCGUUGAUCACCUUCGACGUGCGCCACUUGCCGGACGAGACCCGGUACGGCAAGCACUUCCGCAUCAAGUUCUUGGUGGCAAAAGAGCUGGACCCGCUGUACACCGACCCCAUCGAGUGUGACUCCCUGGUCGCCAAGAGGACGCCACAGCUCCGGGACCUCGACAUCUUGCUGGCGGAGAGCCGGGGCUGCGCAGAGAUUUCCUUGCCGCCGGCAUUUGUCCAGGAGGGCUUGCAGCAUGCCGAGAGUGGAGGACAACUCGCCAGCGGGGUCUUCACCUUUAUGCUGCAUCCCAUCGUGGACAUCCAGUGGCGAGUGGAGGUGCAGAUCGUGGAUGGCGUCUUCCAGCCGGAUGCCUUCAUGCUGCUCAGCUCCGCCCUGGUGGAGUACGCGGAGCCAGCCCGAGCUGAAGUGGGAACUUCUAAGUCCUUCGCCAUCAAGCUCUCCAGCGAGCUCACGCUGGAGCUGCCGGCGAACAUGCCGAUGAAGUCCUUCUCAGAUGGCGCCAAUCAGAGGGUCAUCACCAAGGCUUUCCUGAAUUGGCUGCCGGUGAGCUUGCCGGUGGCCAACUACAUGCGGCCCCUCACCACGGCGGUGGCUGGCGGUGAGAUGGAGUACGUCUUCCCCGAGAAGGCGGCGUAUUGGCGAGAUCGCACCGAGCUGUUCCUGCCCUACUUGCCCUACUUCAGCAACUGCCGGGGCUUCGGCCGGACCAUACCGCUGUGGACCAUCACGGAGCAGACCAGAGGCUGCAAGUGGGCCCCGGAGGGCGGCGAGAUUGGACUGCUGUCCUUGGGCAGUCAGGCAAAAGGAGACUCGUGCUCUCUCACAGAGGUGGAGUGCAUUCUGGACGAGGUGCCCUCGGUGAAGUUGUCCAACCCCCGGUGGUUCGAGACCGCCACGGGCGCCAAGCUCUUCGAGGUCACCAAGGAGUCCUUCCUGGCCUCCAACUUGAACAACUUCGACGUACAGCCUGUCACAGAGCCGGUGUACCUGCAGCAAGGAAUUCCCAAGUCGGGCGCGCUGCCCGGCAGAGUUACCAUCGCCUUCCAGUACUGGCAAAGAGGUCCCGGAGAGAAGAUGUUGUCGGCUGGCAGGGCCUGGUUCUCGGAGUUCGUGGAGACCCCCGAUGUCACGGUCUCCGCCGGGAGGGCGGAGUUCACCUAUCAGCUAUCGGUGGUCUACUACCCCAUGACCCACUUCGAGGUGAUGGUCUACUUCGCCUUCCCCACGGUGUUUUACAUCGGCUUCUACAUCAGCAUGGGGGUUCUUAGCCCAAAGCCCAGCUUGCGAUGCCAACUCGCGGUCAGUGCGAAGUUUGCCUCGUAA